AUGGCCAGUUUGGAAAGCUGCACCAACUACCGAAGAAGAACUGAGGCCAUGUUACUCCCACAAAGAAGUUCCGCUUCCAGAGCCCGUAAUAGCUUAUCGGUCGACGGAAGGAUCGGAUUAGCACGGAACGUGUCUGCGGACGUUAAGUUUCCGGUUAUACUGCCGAAACAGCAUCACUUGACCUACCUGUACAUCGACGAACUUCACCGGAAAUACAACCACGGCAACAACGAGACGGUGGUGAACGAGGCGCGACAACGCGUGCAGAUCCCAGCGCUGCGCUCAUUGGUGAAGAACGUCGCAAAAAAUUGUCAGUGGUGUAAAAUUUACAAGACGAGGCCAAUUGUACCGAGGAUGGCGCCGCUACCAGCAGCUAGAUUGUCGCCCCAGUUUCGCCCGUUUACCUUUGUCGGGCUAGACUACUUUGGUCCAGUGGUAGUCAAGAUCGGAAGGAGCAGUGUCAAGAGGUGGGUGGCCUUGUUCACUUGCCUCACCAUACGUGCUGUCCAUUUGGAGAUUGUCUUUUCUCUAUCAACUGAAUCCUGCGUUGCCGCUGUUCGUCGCUUCAUCAGCCGCCGAGGGUCGCCUUCAGAAAUCUACAGCGACAACGGAACGAACUUCCAGGGGGCUGAAAGAGUACUCCGUGAGCAGAUCAACGCCGGUCUAGAGGCCACCUUUACCAACCAGAAUACUUCUUGGCACUUCAUCCCACCUGCAGCUCCACACAUGGGAGGUGCCUGGGAGCGGAUGGUGAGGUCGGUGAAGGCUGCGCUUGCUGAAGCAUACUAUGAGCGACUUGAUGACGAGAAGCUACACACACUACUGGCCGAAGCCGAGUCGAUCGUAAAUAGUCGCCCCUUAACUUACUUGCCGUUGGAUGCAGCUGAAAGCGAAGCCCUGACGCCCAAUCACUUCCUGCUAGGGAGUUCCGACGGUGUCCGCCAGCCGCCUACCGAAGAUGUGUGUGACAACAAGUUGCUGGGGAAUUCCUGGAACUUACUGCAGAGACAGCUGAAUACCUUUUGGAAACGCUGGACGAACGAGUAUUUGCCGACACUGACGAGGCGUACGAAAUGGUUUGACGAGGUGAAGCCCGUUGAACCAGGCGAGUUGGUUGUGUUGGUGGAGGAUCGUAGGCGGAACGGAUGGAAAAGAGGGCGUGUCCUGAAGGUGAUUACGAAUCCAGACGGCAGGUGUCGUCAGGCGAUUGUGCAGACGAGUGAUGGGACGUUUCGUCGGCCGCUAUCGCGCCUGGCUGUGUUGGAGGUACAAGAUCGUGGAACGCGGACCCCAGCCGGAUUCCACCGGGGGGAGGAUGUUGCCACAAGGGCAAUUAGACCGGGAGCUGACGACACCCCAAUGUGUGACAGUUCUCGAUGA